UCGUUUGCAAAUUUCUAACAAACUUAUUAUUUUUUUUAUUUUUUUUACUGCUGUAGCUUUUGGCUGGUUUUAUCGUUAUGAAGGGAAAUUGCCUACACUUCGAAAGGUACUAUGCGGAUGGGUGAUUUGUUUUUGCGUGUUGUGGUUUUUGUUGCUUAACAUGUGUGAUUUCUAUGCUCCAUACUAUAAUAUAAAAAAAAUAGACAGUAAAAAAGUAAAGCAGACAAACAACAAUGCACUUAAGCUUGAAGUGUUUUGAGCUGCCAUAGAUCUAUGGUAGUGCUUAUUUGGUUUAAUAGUUUUUUCUAACUUUACAGCAAGCCAGUCUUUAAGUACCAUCCCAUACAUCUAUUGCAAAUGUCUUGAUAACCUAUAGAGCUUGGACUGUGUAUUCUACUUUCUUCGUUUUUCCAACACCGUUUCAAACAGAAUAUACAACAGUAUUUAAUAACCUGGACUAAAAUCUAGAGAAGCUUCAGACACUGAAUCGGAUACUGCUUUAUUCUGUUUGAAAAGGGUACACGCAGUGUUACAGCAUGAAGAAGCAUGCCUUCAGUAAGGCUAAGGGUUUGAUCCUCCCUGAGUGUAGUGCUUUCCAGUCCUGUGCCUGGCAGUGUACUUUUCUUAAUGACCCCUUAACAACCUCACAGAAAGGAAAAGAAAAACAGAAAAAGAAGUCCUCUAAAACUGAGACACAGGAGCAAAAGAAGAACAAAAAGGAACUUGAGUUCGAACAGAAACUGGCCAAAGAAAAGGAAGAAAUGUUCGAACGAGAAAAACAACUAAAAAUUAAUAGGCUUGUUCAAGAGGUGUCAGAGACCGAGCGAGAGGACAUGGAGGAAUCAGAAAAGGUUCAGCAUUGGGUUGAAAGGCUGUGUCAGACUCGAUUAGAGCAAAUAUCCUCUGCUGAGAACGAGUCCCCUGAGGUAAUUUUGCCUUGUACUUUGUAAAAGGAUUUAAAAGGCUCUGGCAUUAUUCAACCUGUUUACCGUGUGUGUUUUUAAAUUCUGCUAGCGUGUAAAGAUAGAAGCAAUGUCCUUUCUAAAUCCAGGUAUCUGUGUUGUACCGUCACCUGCUGUUGUGAGCUGUAGUGGACAAAUA